UACUUUUUAGAGAGAGAGAGUAAAAGUGCGCAGGUAAGAUUUGUAUCCGAAAAUAAUUUGGGGGAAACCGUUUAGAGAGCGAGGGAAAGAGACAGGGAGGGAUGGCUCAGGCUUUGUGGAGAUCUGGCUUUCGAGCUGCACUUCGAAGAAGCGGACAGGCGCAGGUUCCUCAAAAGAGGAGCUUCGCUUCGUCAGCCCAUCAUGAUGAUACCCAUGAAGCUGAGAAAUGGGAAAAGAUAACAUAUCUUGGCAUCGUCACCUGCACCGUGCUCGCUGUAUACAAUCUAUCCAAGGGUCAUCCUCACUAUCCUGACCCUCCUCCAUACCCCUACCUGCAUAUUCGUAACAAGGAGUUUCCUUGGGGCCCAGAUGGUCUCUUUGAGGGGAAAAAGCGCAGCAAGCAUUAACAUCCUUUGCUAAUGGAAGUAGGAUGCGCCAUUUCAUCAGCUGUUCAGGCAGAUUAUUGUCUCAUGUUUUUGCCCUUUUCUUAUUUCUUGGAGUUGCUCUGUUUUCUGUUUCCACAAUAAGGAGAAUGCUGCUACUCUUUGAAGGAAUUUUCAUUUUCAUUCUUAUACGUUUCUUGGUGUGAUGGGAUGUUAAUAUUUGAUUUGACACUCGCCAUGCUUUGCUUGACGUCAAUAGGUCUCGCUCUUUGAUUUGACACCUCUCACAUUUUGCUGGUUGACAAUUGCUAUCUAAGGGUUUUUUUAGAAA